UUGGUUCGUAAAUACGCGAAGAACGACAACUAAUAUUUUCCUUGCGAUAACGAAGAAGUCAUCGUACGUGCAGAUUGUCUCGAGACGUAAUUUCGUUAGGAGAAAAAACUGUUGUUUACUUUGAAAAAGAAUCGAGUUUUGCAUAUAGACGAUUCGACGAGCGGUCAUCGAUUGACUCCUCGUGUCGAUAACGAGGUCACGAAAACCAUUUACUUGAGAGCUUGUUGCAUCUGUGUUUCCUCUCGGCACACUCGUACCAGUAUUCUUGCGACAUUCGUUGCGAUUGCACUUAAAUGGCCAUUAUUAUUCUUCAACUGGAAUCGGCUGUUGUUUGUCCUUCGAAAGAAACCAACGACUAUAUUAUUCACCCUAGAAAUCUGGGAACCAUGAGACCAAGCGAGAAACGUGCGGUCUCCGGCACUGGAGGCGGUGUAAGAGGUUCCGGUAGGGCGCCGGAAGUCACUCGCACCAACACCGAGGUACGCAAGAACAUGGAACGUGGUCUGCACGAACGCGACCGCGUCGGUGUCCAGGAUUUCGUUCUCCUCGAGGACUUCGAGAGCGAGAAAGCCUUCAUCGACAAUCUACGAAAACGAUUCAACGAGAACCUUAUUUACACAUACAUCGGCCAGGUACUCGUGUCCGUGAAUCCUUACAAAAAGUUACCGAUUUACAAUCCAGAGACCAUUCAGUACUACCAUGGAAGGAACUUCUUCGAAGCUGCACCGCACAUUUUCGCACUCGCCGAUACCGCGUAUCAGUCUCUUUCGAAGGAAAAUUUGGAUCAGUGCAUCCUCAUCUCAGGCGAAUCCGGUUCAGGGAAGACCGAGGCAUCGAAGAAAGUCUUAGAAUUUAUCGCAGCCGCUACUGGACACAAGAAACAAGUGGAGGAAGUAAACGAUAAGUUGAUCGGUAGCAAUCCCGUGCUCGAAGCUUUCGGAAACGCGAAAACUAAUCGGAAUGAUAACUCGUCCCGUUUCGGCAAGUACAUGGAUAUCCAAUUUAAUUUCCAGGGAGACCCAAUCGGUGGAAAUAUCUUGAAUUAUCUGCUCGAAAAGUCGCGAGUGGUUCAUCAGUUUUCGGGAGAACGAAAUUUCCACAUUUUCUAUCAGCUGCUGGCUGGAGCGAGCGACGAGAGUUUGCGAAAGUUGUUCCUUAAAAGGAAUUUGGAUACAUAUUAUUAUCUUAGUAACGGAACAAAGGGCACGGUAAACACUAUCGACGAUUCUUGUCAAUACAAGGAAGUAAUAAAGGCUAUGAAGACCAUGGAAAUGACUCAAAAGGAACAGGAUGAUUUAUUCGCGAUAGUCGCAUCGGUAUUGCACAUGGGAAAUGUUGGAUUUACCGAAGAAGAUGGCGUAGCACAAAUUUUAAAGCCAGCUUCCGUUGACGCUGUAGCUAUUUUAUUGGGUUGCGACGUGAAACAAUUAGCAGAAGCUUUUACACACCGUACAAUUGACGCCCGUGGGGACGUAGUUGUUUCCCCGUUGAACAGAGAACUCGCAAUUUAUGCACGCGAUGCACUCGCAAAAGCUGUGUACGACAGAUUGUUCACGUGGCUGGUAACCAGGUUGAACAAAUCAUUGCAACCGAUUAACAAUCCGCGGCACAAGAUGGUUAUAGGAAUUUUGGAUAUUUACGGUUUUGAAAUCUUCCAAAAGAAUAGCUUCGAGCAAUUCUGCAUAAAUUAUUGUAAUGAAAAAUUACAACAGUUAUUUAUCCAAUUAACGUUGAAAUCAGAGCAAGAAGAGUACCUAAGGGAGGGAAUAACCUGGGAGAAUGUUGAGUUCUUUAAUAACAAAGUUAUAUGCGAUUUAAUCGAAGAGAAGUAUAAAGGUAUAAUAUCACUGAUGGAUGAAGAGUGUCUUCGUCCCGGUGAUCCAACAGAUUUGAGUUUUCUGGAAAAGUUAAAUGUAAAUUUGAACAAUCAUCCUCACUAUAUAAGUCACAUGAAGGCGGACUUGCAAACACAGAAAAUCAUGGGGCGAGAUGAAUUCAGAUUAGUACAUUAUGCUGGCGACGUAACGUACAAUGUUCGCGGAUUCCUUGAGAAAAAUAACGAUUUAUUGUUCCGAGAUUUGCGCGAAGUGAUGUCACAUACAACGAAUUCGAUCACCAAGACUGUGUUCGAUGUAAAAGAUUUAACUAGCAAGAAGCGACCAGACACGGCCAUCACACAAUUCAAAAACAGUUUGAACAAUCUUGUAGAAAUUCUUAUGGGCAAAGAACCUUCUUACAUUCGUUGCAUCAAACCUAAUGACUAUAAGAUGUCCAAUAAAUUUAAUGAGAAGAUUGUGCUGCAUCAAGUACAGUAUUUAGGACUUAUGGAGAAUUUACGAGUAAGGCGAGCUGGUUUUGCCUACAGAAGACCAUACGAACAAUUCUUGCAACGUUAUAAAUCCCUGUGUCCACAAACUUGGCCUAACUAUCACGGUGCGGCUAAAGAUGGUGUACAAAUCCUUGUAUGUUCCCUUAGAUUCGAACGUGAUGAAUACAGGAUGGGCAACACGAAACUGUUCAUUCGAUUCCCUAAGACAUUAUUCGAUACAGAAGAUGCCUUCCAAAGAAAGAAACACGAGAUAGCAGCUAUUAUCCAGAGUAAAUGGAAAUGUAUAUUAGAGAGACGAAGGUACUUGAAAAAGAGAAAAGCGGCAAUCGUUUUCCAAAAAUAUAUUAGGAGGUGGCUUGCAAAACGCGAAGCUGAAAAGAGGCGAAAAGCCGUUAUUACUAUUCGAAGAUUUAUCGAAGGAUUCAUCACGCGAAACGGACCACCAACUUCAAUUAACAUAGCUUUCAUUGAAUUAGCAAAAUCCCAAUGGUUAAUUAAGCUCUCUAAAACACUUCCUUCUGGUGUUUUAAAUAAUUAUUGGCCUCCAUGUCCGUACUCUUGCCGAGAAGCUUCCGAACAUUUACGCAUCUUGCACAAAAAAUGGAAAGCACGAAAUUAUAGAUUGGCUUUGCCAAAGGAGGACAAGGAGCAUUUCGAAUUAAAAAUUUUAGCCGAAUCUCUGUUUAAAAACAAAAAGAAAUCAUAUGCAAAGAGUUUAGGACCAAGGUUCCAAAUCGAUCGACUCGGUGCAGAGCAUAAAGCGCUAAGACAAAGUUUCAUUAACAAUAUUCUUCCUAGAGAUGAAAUUAUAAAAUACGCGACGCCUGUGAUUAAAUACGACCGACACGGUUACAAACCCCGUGAAAGGGUAUUAAUUUUAACAGAAAAUGCGGUGUACAUUUUAGACACUUUAAAAACAUUUAAGCUUAAACAUCGAUUGCCUUACAAAUCUAUCGAAGAAUUGGUUGUUACCGGGGAAUCGGAUAAUGUACUGAUAGUCAGGAUACCACCUGAAUUAAAGAAGGACAAGGGUGAUUUAAUAUUGGAAGUACCUCAUAUAAUAGAAGCAUUAACAAAAGCAAUUGAUAUCACUAAUAAUCCAAAUAUUCUGAAAAUUGUUCAUACCGAGUCGGUCUCACAUAAACUAGUCAGUGGAAAGGAAGGUGUAAUUGAAUUCAGAACUGGUACAACACCAGCCAUUAGUAAAAAUAGACAAAGUGGACAUUUACUAGUGGUGGCCUCUCCAUAAUAUCUCAAAGAAGUUUCAAACAAAACUAAUUGUGUACUUAGAAGGAAGAGUUCAACGCGGAAAGUACGAUAUAUAAAACAGCCUUAAUUCAUGUGAUUUAGAAUGGAAGACUAUUAAGAAGAGAUAAUAUAUUCAAAUUUAGUACAUUUGUUGAAUGAUACUUGCAGUUUUGUACCUUGUUAUGAUGAUGUCAGUUGUGUAAAAUAUCUUGUGAAAUAAUGUUUAUUUUUGUAAUUAGUGAAUCACCGGCAAAAUGGGAAACUUUCGCGAAUGAUACGAAUUGUCUAACUAUGAUAUAUGGGUGCCUUCUUUAAAAUUAAUAUCAUAUAAUCGCACAAGAAAAUAAUUUAUUACUGGACAUCUUUCAGAUGCACCUAUAGAAAAUAUUUCUUUUUUCUAUAUUUGUAUUGUAUAAGUCAUUGUGCCAUUGAUAAUAUUUCAUGUUCAGAAUUAUCCUAUGGAAUAUUGACAAUAUAAAAUUAAAUUAAACUAAUAACCUUAAUUGUUCAGAAAUAAAUAACUGAAUUUACUCAUU